AGUUGAGGAGCCUGUUGCGAAAGGCGAAUUGGAAAGAUAAGGAGGGAGUGGACAAGAAGGUGGUUGACCGGAGUGAGAUUGAUUUGAGUAAAUUUGCAAGGAUGAGUUGCAGGGCGUCAAGCUGAAUAUAAUUUUGGCGCAUAACUCGUAUAUGAUUGGGACUGUAUCGACUGAGACCGAGAAGAAAAAGUACCGUGAGGCGAUUCAGAGUUUAAGCCAAGCCAGAAAAUUGAAUACGAAGAGAGUCAAGAACGCUCGGGAGGGGCGCAGGAGACCAGACUUCUUUGAUGCUACUGGCAAAUUGACUCUGUCUGGAUACCCGCACAUGGAACAUGAGUUCAAAGUAGAGCUGCAAAAGGCAUUCGAGAGGUUCUUGGACAAUGAAGCAGAGAAGGAAGAAGAGGAGAGUCGGAUACUCUUGAUGACCGAAGAAAAGAAAAGGCAGGAAGCAGAAGAGGAGACGAGGAAGAAAAUCGAGCAGGAGGCAAUUAAAGAGUAUUUAGAGAAGGCUGCGAAGGCCGAAGCUGAGGUGCAGAAGAAGAGGGAUGAGUUGAAGAAGAAGCUCAGGGAGAGGCCAGGCUUGACGCAGCAGCAGAUUGAGUUUAUUGUUGAGGAUGUGCAUCCUACGAACCAUAACCAUGCUGCUCUCCUCAUGCAGGUCGCUCAGGGAUCUGAAGAACAACCUACUAAGGCGCCGAUGGCCACUUCGACGACCAUUGAGAGCAAUAAUGCCUCUUUUCAAAAGGUGUCUAGAACCCUAAGUUUCAGGAACAUUGUUGGGAAGUUCGUUUCAAAGAAACAAGUAGAGCCUAGUAUAUCUACCACCAGCACACUGCCCUCGGCAUGGCGGGACCCAGCAACAAAAACCGGUUUUGCUAGGCUCGAAAGCUGGUAUAUCUCCGAGGCAACAAGUUUGCAAGGAGGUGGGCGCACUCCAGCACCAUUACCGCAUUCCUGGAUGAUCAAAGCCUUAAUGGAAGCCGAAAAAGAUUAUUAUAAAGGCCGUAGAAAGUCCAAAUCAUUCAAACCGGUGUGGGAAGUUCUGCCCUUACUAUCCCCUUACCUAAUCCAGCAGAUCAAUGAUCUUGUCACGGAACGGAAGGAGCGAGGAAAUCUAUUUGAUUGGUCUAUAGUGCUGAUUGACAUUCCUGAGAAGAGUGAAAUUAGGAGAUCAGUCAAAAUUGGACCAUUCAAGUUCCACCUUGAAGAUGAAAAACCUAAUGUUGACGGCAUUUACAUUAUUCUCAAGUACGAGGAAAAGUCGGUAAAGUCCCCUGGGGUAAUAUUCGUGGGCUCCAGGGGAGGUGAACGGUCUAGAAGUCGAAGCCCGGACUCCGCCGCGAGCGAAGGUUCUAAUACUCGGCACCGACGCUCGUCAAUCCCCAAGCAAGAGCGCGAGCGCGUGCGGCCUCGGUCUAUUGCUAGACGCAUGUCUAGUACCUCUCGACCUUCGCACAUCAACCAUUUACCAGCAAUGUACAGCAACGCAGCCCCCCGCGGACAACAUUACCCUAGUCCUGCAGUUCGCGUCGCGUCUGUUGAUGACUACACAAUACCCCCAAAGGAGACCUACCAUUCCAACAGGUAUCGAGAACCAGAAGUCAUAGCGGAAAGGGGAAGGCAUAUGACGCCUAUAGCAUCGCGAUAUCCAUCUCCAGUCAGAUAUCGUUCAUCUGCAAUUGCCCGGCCAGAAGAAGAUAUUUAUAGACCAAAUUCAAGGAAUGUGUUACCACAGCGAGACAUAAGUCAUUGGGGGCGCUAUACUACAUCGCCAGAGAGGGUUGCCGACUACACCGACAUUCGAAUCGAAAGGGGCGACCGUAGACCGGUCUCUGUUAUGGAGCCCCGAAUCUCAGAGAAUUAUUAUUCGUAUAGUGACACUAGCGACGAUGAUUUAGAUAUCGACAUCCGCCAUGCACGCCAGAGGAACAGCAGAGAACGCGAAAGAGUUCGGUAUUCAAAUCAGAGACAAUCUUCUCCUCUUCGUUCCAGGAAUUUGAGAGCGACAGUCGUGGAUGAAGAUGACGAAGUUGAACUGUUGUCCUCAGGGGGGGAGAUCGCGGACCGAUUGAUAACAAAGCAUACAAGGCCCCUUGCGGAAUCGGGAAGUAGGAACAAAGGAGUAGAGCAGCAUCUCAACAUAAAUGGGGAGGGAGCGAUUCAACAGCCGACGGCGCUUUCUGAUAUUACUGAGGAAGAUGAGAAGGCAUCUAAUGGGAAAGGGAAUGCGGAGCCUAAGGAAGCUAAGGAUUUGAAUGGUUGAUGGCAGGAAAUUAAUGGUAUAGGACCUUUAUGUCACAGACUCACAACACUAAGAUAUAAUAUCAACUAGGUUCUAUUGAAUGAACUAAGCUUAAGAGAUGCAAUAUCUACC